AUGGUCCGUAUGCCUUUUAAUUUUUCCUUUAGAAAAAACAAAAAAAAAGAAAAAAAUGAUAAUGAAAAAAAACAUAAUACAGAUGGAAAAGAAAUAACUAAAAUUGUUUUUCCCUCUGAACGACGUAAAAUGAAUCACAUGACGCCGGCGGACUUUCGAGGAAAACUAGAUGAUGACAUGGAGAAAUCAAUGAAGAACUGUCAAAUGAAUCAGUUUUGUGAUGAGGAACACAUUUAUAUUCAUGGUGUUUUAAUUUUACCAGAAAUUAAUAAUAAAGGAACACUUAUGUAUGCUGCUAAACUAAAGAAAUUCUAUAAUCAAGAUAUUAUAAAUAAUGAGGAAAUUGAUGUAGCUUUAGAAAAAUUAGAAAAAACCAAAGAUUUAUUUGAUGAGAAAUCAAAAAAUUUAAACAAUAAAGUAAAUUAUUUACAUCAAUCUAAUAUUAUCCAAAAUGGGAGGAUUCCAAGUGAUAUUUUCAAUUCUUUUCCAAGUCAAAAACACAGACAAUAA